GAUCCGGUUUGGGCCCCGCGGGCUGCCGUAGCGUCUCCUCCCGCGUCCCCGUACCGCCUCCGCCCGGCAGUCGCUGUCCAGAUCGGGCCGGACGGCGGGAUGGCGGCCCAGAAGAUCAACGAGGCGCUGGAGCACAUCGCCAAGGCGGAGAAGCAUCUGAAAACGGGGUUUUUCAAAUGGAAGCCGGAUUAUGACAGUGCUGCUUCUGAGUACGGGAAAGCAGCUGUUGCUUUCAAAAAUGCCAAACAGUUCGACCAGGCGAAAGAUGCCUGCCUCAGGGAGGCCGCAGCCCAUGAGAAUAACAGGGCCCUUUUCCAUGCUGCCAAAGCUUACGAGCAAGCUGGCAUGAUGUUAAAGGAGAUGCAGAAGCUGCCCGAGGCUGUCCAGCUGAUCGAGAAAGCCAGCAUGAUGUACCUGGAGAACGGCACCCCGGACACGGCCGCCAUGGCCUUGGAGCGAGCAGGAAAGCUUAUUGAAAAUGUAGAUCCAGAAAAGGCCGUACAGUUAUAUCAACAGACAGCUAAUGUGUUUGAGAAUGAGGAACGCUUACGACAGGCAGUUGAAUUGCUGGGAAAAGCCUCCAGACUCUUGGUCCGAGGACGCAGGUUUGAUGAGGCAGCACUGUCUAUACAGAAAGAAAAAAAUAUCUAUAAGGAAAUUGAGAACUACGCUACUUGUUAUAAGAAAACAAUCGCACAGGUCUUGGUGCAUCUGCACAGGAGUGACUACGUGGCGGCAGAGAGAUGCGUCAGGGAGAGCUACAGCAUCCCAGGGUUCAAUGGGAGUGAAGACUGUGCCGCUCUCGAGCAGCUUCUGGAAGGGUAUGACCAGCAGGACCAAGACCAGGUCUCGGAUGUCUGCAACUCACCUCUCUUCAAGUACAUGGACAAUGACUACGCGAAGCUGGGACUGAGUUUGGUGGUGCCAGGUGGGGGAGUGAAGAAGAAGGCAGCCCCAGCACCGCAGGCCAACAGUGAAGGCGCUGCAGCCGCCCCUGCCGAGGAAGAUGAAGAUGAAUACGCAGGGGGAUUGUGCUAGGGUCCUGUUCUGUGGAAAUCAACACAGGAUCCUGAGGUGCCAUUCGUGGACUUGUCUAAGGGCGUCUCUCUGGACUUCAUGGCGGUCAUGGGUUUGAAUGCUAAAAAAGAUGGAUUUUUAGUUUCCAUUUCCUUGUAUUCACCCAUGGGACCGUCCCCGACCUGUGAAGCAUUUUCCCCCUUUCUUGACAGAGGGGGCCUUUUCCGAGACAGCAGACGGAACUGACAGAAAAUAAUUCCUGAUCCAUUUGAAUUCAGCUGAUUUUAAAAUUGGCAAGCCAAAUUCUAUACCUCCUGCAUUCUUUAAAAAAUAUGUAUUUCCCCCCUUUAGGGUCUUAUAAUUUAUUGUUAGAGAAUUUAUUUGCCUUUAAUAAUUGCUGCUAAAGUGAAGCUAAGCUAUGGGUUUAAAAAAAAUAGUGUUUACAAAAUGGGCUUGAUUUGGGUGCCAGAGGGAUAGUCCCGGGUGAAAGCAUUCGCUUGUCUUGCUUGCAGUUGAUUCUGAUUCUGUCCUGAACCCAGACCCUCUCGGGACUGAUCCUUGAGCACAGAACCAGAAGUAAAACCUGAGCACAGCUCAGUGUGGCUCAAAAACCAAAAUCUAAUUUUUUUUUAUUUGAAAAGACAUCCCUGACCCCCACAACCUGCCCCUGGACCAACCCCACACCCCACCCCACGCCUUCAUGAUAAUCAGAUUUAUUUCAGUUAUUGAAUCUUUUCAGAGGUGAGAUUGGGACAGGACUAGAUGCUAUUUUGAAACUUUUUCAGUCCAAUAAAAGAUGCACACAAAUCCUAUAUGUAAGUCUGAAAAUUUUGGAGGUGUAUAGUAAAGUGCUUGUGUAAAUGUCUUCCAUUCUCUCAAAAGUAAGGAUAUUUUUUUCCACACACAAAAUAGUCAAUGUCUCCAGCUCACAUGAUUCAUGUUAAAAGGGAAAAAAAGAGGACCAUUUUCAUUUUUAUGUAUUCUAAUGAACAGGUAAUGUUUCCAUCAGUGAAAUAUAAUAUAGUCACAUUUUUUUCCUUCAAAAUAAUUAUUUUAUUUAUUUUGAAUUUGUAACUGGAUAAUAACUUGACCUGCGAAAUGCUAUAUCCUGCAAAAAUGUAGCAGAAGGAGAAUUGUCUUUGACAGAUAUGUAUAUUUGAAAUAUUGCGCUGUCACAAUUUUAAUCCUUUUAUAGAGCCUUCCUCUGUUUAGGCUGUUAAAAGGCUGUUUACUGAGGUGUUCCUCACAUAAGUGUGGCUCCCAUAGACUCGCCUCACAGUCUCUGAGUCGGAAAGAGGCAUAGCACUGGUGGUGUGCUUUCCACAGUGGCUGCAGCCCAAGUGGCUUCCUGUGGCUUCCUGUGUGUGCACGGCUACCUCUUGGGUAUGCAGACUAUGCGUGCUUCACUUGGCUAGACUUCCUGCCAACAACACCAAGUAGAUCAUCAUGGGUGCUGUCGGCACAGCCGGUCCCCAAGCAAGCCUGGACAGAGCCUGCAUUGGCACACCUGCUUGGCUGGGCCGGUGUUAGGAUAGAAAUCUUCAUUCUGAUACAUUGCAUUUACACUGAUACAUGGCAUUCUUAAUAGUUCUGGGGGUGGCACUCGUUUUCAACCAUUGUUUGGAGAUCAACCGUGAACAAUUUCGAUAUAGCUCGAUUUAGGCUUUUGUAUUUAGAGACAUAAUAAUGUUUCGGAAAUCUCAUCAUUGCUAUUCCGCCUGUGAUUCUUUCAGAAACUCUAGGACUCUUGCAUUGAUUUGGCAGUACUGAAAAGAUUUCUUAGACUAUUUGCUGUUGUUAUCCCCCAUUACAGAUGUGGACUUUUUUUCUUUUAAACUUUUACUACAUAUCUGUAAAAAACCCAAUAAAGCUGAGUGAUUCCGAGCCUUAAACUCCAUAAAAGACUUUGUGCAAGUGCAGCCUCUCUCCCUGCUUGCAGGGCCUGUGGGUGUUCACUAUCAGGUUAUACUAUGUCCAGCAAAGAACACUUGCUCCCUGUUUAUGCAUUUAUUUUUCCACUUAAGUCCUUUAUCCUGAGAAAGUAUUGUCAGAAGUGGAAAACUUGGUGUUUACAACAGGAAAAGUUGUUUUCCAGAACUCGUAUUAAUCACUUUUACCAAAGUGAAAAUCUGCAUGAAUAUGCUCAGAAUCUAAUAUUCAAUGUUCUAUUAUAUUGUAAGUGAAGCCAGUCUACAGAAUAUAUUUAAUAUAUUGAAUUUAUUUGUACAUAUGCAGAGUAAGGCAUUUGUGUAUGGACUCUGGGCUUCAUUCUUAUUUUUUUCCAGCUCUUUUGAUGAAUAGAAUGUUAAAUAUGUUAUAGAAGUGCAGACUGUUGCUUCUAUAGGGAGAUAAUUAUGAAAAUAAAAUGUGAACCUAUGUGAA